AUGUCAAUUCUGGUCAACGAUGUCCCUACUUUGAACAGAAUGACAACCAUUGAACUCAACCGCCUAGUGACAACUGAACCUCAAUCUCUGGCAAAUGGCUCGUUAGGCCACCUACUCCCUCUGAUCUUCAAGCCUUUCACAGCCAAUGUUCCCCAAGCACACACACUUAGAAUCAAACUCAGCAAAAUCCUUCAUCACGACACACAGAUCAACACUAUAUUCAGUCAAAACUCCCCAGACGAUAUCGUUCCAUUGUAUGAUAGCCAAGCUGGAUUUUGGAACUGGGCACUUCCAAUGACACCUCCUCAGUCAUCUGUCAAUUCAAACGAUACUCUUCCUCCUCAGCUGGGUGUCGAGAAAUUUACCCAUGAAGAGAUAUUUUCAUCAUUCCUUAACGCUCUUGAUACUGUGAUGGCUGAAUCAGAAGACAAGCUGAUCACACUGUCUGCAACUCGCACAUGGAGUGCCAGCAACUCCACUGUUGCAGUGUCCGGUAGCGAUAUCAAGCGCAAGCCUGAUCUUGUGCUAUCUGAUGAUAUCAAGCCCAAGUGGGGCAAUAUUUGCUACAAGCCUGCACAGCGGAUUGUGAAGGCUGCAGAUACCCAGGCAUAUCUACUACUCAGCAAUCAGCCUUGGAGGCGCUUUGCACUCAUCCUAUCAUUUACACACCAAUAUCGCGAACUCAGGGUCUUGUUGUACGACCAUGCCGGUGGCGUUGUGACCCCUCACAUCAAAAUUCAUCAAAAUCCAGAUGCAUUCGCCCAGAUUAUUGCUGCUGUUGUCUUUGGCAGCCCAGAAUGUAUUGGAUACGAUAGUACGGUUGCCUUCUGGAAAAAUGUCCCGCUCCCCCCACCCCUAGCCACUCGGAGUAUCACCUUUCCUGCCGAUCCUGAUAGCGAGUCUCUCGCUGCAUUGCUUGAGGAUCCCCAGGAGCUACCCCUUGACAAUGAGGCCGGGUCAAUACACUCUUCUUCUGAUGCCCUCGAGCCGAUGCCCCCUGCUGAUGACACCCUCGAGCUAAUGUCCAAUGACAAUCUCGAGUCUCUCGAAGAUCUGAUAGAAGAGCCUCUUGUCCCCCCUCCUUCCCCUCCUGUCCCUCCUCCUACCUCGUAUCUCCUCCCUCAACCCCUUGCAGUCACUAGUGUUCCUUUGUUGGGCCUUGCAUCUCGGCCUCUGCAGUGGGCUGAUACCGCCUGUAGCUCUACCCCUCAUCCUUCCCAUUUUCCCCACACCCCUCAAUCGCCUGCAGAACCCUGUGGCCAAAUCCGCGUUAAUAACAAGAUCUACACUAUCCUGAAGAUCCUCUUUACCACCAAGGGCCUCGUUGGUCGCGGGACCGUCUGCUAUCUGGUCAGUUUGGACGAAGAAGAAUACAUCAUUAAAGACCACUGGGUUCAGGGUGGUGAGGAGAAAGUUUUGAAUGAGAUUAACAUGUUAAAAGCGAUGAGUGGCAUCCCUGGUGUUCCUGAGCUAGUAGACUACUGGAAGGUCAAAAGGUCAGAUGACGUCAUUGACCAGACACGGCAUUAUUGUCACGCGGAAAACCCGAGUAUCUGA